AUGUCAGCGCCCUGAUAGAACCCACCAACUUACUGCGGAUGAAAAACACAGCCCUGGGACAGUCGGCUCCAGCAUUAACAAACAGCCUGAAGGACAUGACGGUUACCCGAAGGAACAGCCGUGGCCGCAAGUCUGUUGUGGCUGCAGCUUCAUCUUCUUCCAUUCUCCCGCUGCGUUGCAUAUCACCUCAGAACCAUGCAG